AGGAGGGAGUGUGGGAGGGGAUGGUUGGUGCCUCUGAUUACCUGGCUCCCUGGUUCCUGAUCAAAGAGUGAAAAGGAUUCCCGAAGGAUACACGUUUUAUUUUCCCUGGGAGCGGAAUGCCGGGAUUCCUGUCCGGGAGAGGGAGAGAGAUCCUGUCCAGGUUUGCCAGGGAGCUGAGCUGCAGAUUACAGCCCGGGAAAGAGCUACAGGAUAGAAUUGAUAAGCUUCACUUGCUGCAGAACCAGAGGAUCAGUGAGACGCCUCUCUUUUUGGCUGCCAGAGAGAAUGAUGUGGACGCUGUUAAAACGCUCCUUGAAUGUCCCACAGUUGAUCUCUUUGAAAAAGGAGUGAUGGGGGAGACGGCCUUACACGUCGCUGUGCUCUACAACAAUUGUGAAGUGGCAACGGAACUUCUCGAAGCCGCUCCAGAGCUCAUCAACGUGCCGGUCACCUCCCAGAUGUAUGAAGGGGAAACGGCACUUCACAUCGCGGUGGCAAAUGAGAACGUGAGUUUGGUCAGAGAACUGAUCGGGCGAGGAGCAGACGUGGUGACUGCGCGAGCGACUGGGACCUUCUUCAGAAGGAAUGCGAAGAAACUCUUUCACUUUGGUGAGCACGUGCUGUCCUUCGCCGCGUGUGUUGGCAACGAGGGGAUCGUCAGGAUCCUGAUAGAGAACGGAGCAGAUAUCAAAGCACAGGAUUCCCUGGGUAACACUGUUCUCCACCACCUGGUACUCCAGACCCAGACGAAAGUCACGGAGAUGUUUGAUUUGAUUCUUUCCCUCGAACCAAAAGACGGGGCCACAGUGGAAACGAUGACAAACCAGGCUGGGCUGACUCCCUUCAAACUGGCAGCCCAGGAGGGCAACGUGCAGUUGUUUCAGCAUUUGUUGAGAAAGAGAGAACGUCGUCUUCAAUGGUUUUUCCAAUCCGUCUCCACUACCUUCUACGAUAUCUCCGGCAUUGACUCCUGGGACGACAACUGCUCGGUCCUGGACCUGGUUGUGUUCAGUAAAGAGAUUGAGGCUCUGAAAAUCCUGGACCUUCACCCGAUCAAGGAGUUGGUUAGUUUCAAGUGGAACAGGUACGGGAAGUAUUACUUCCGCUGUCUGAGUGUCUUGUACCUGCUCUACAUCAUCAUCUUCACCCUCUGCUGCACCUUCCGGCCCCUCAUCCCACGGCCAGAGGUGGUCACCGAUCCCGAAGACACACAGCUAUUGGUGGAGGCUCCUUUGAAGCUCUGCUACGUCUCAACCAAAGACCAGGUCCGCUUGGUGGGAGAGCUCAUCAGCGUUUUUGGAGCCAUUGCCAUCCUCUUCAUAGAGAUUUCUGACAUGGUACGGUAUGGAGUGUCCGGUUACUUUGGGAAAACUGUCUACGGAGGACCCUUCCACGCUAUAAAUAUUUGCUAUGCGUGUCUGGUGCUGUUGAUCCUCGUGCUCAGGCUGAGCAGUGCGGGGUCCGAGGGGAUCUUCAUGUCCCUGGCUAUGGUCCUGGCCUGGUGCAACUUCAUCCACUUUGCCCGCGGAUUCCAGACUCUCGGCACCUUCUCCAUCCUCAUCCACAAGAUUGUUCUGGAGAAUUUGAUGCCGUAUCUCUUCCUGAUGUUAAUAAUCAUUGUGGGAUUCACAACAGGCCUGUACGUGAUAUUCCAAGAGCUUGACCCCAAAAAGUGGGUGUAUUUCGACGGCUUCAAGAACGAGAUGUUCCUGAUGUUCAUGCUGUUCUUCGGGUUGCUGGACAUCCCGCUCAACUACGAGGUCUACACACCCUACAUGAUCAAGGUGCUGUACGUGGCCUACAUCAUGAUGACCUUCCAAAUGAUGGCCAUUCUCCUCAUCAACCUGAUCGCGGGGACCCUACGCCGAGUGGUCCCGAACCGCAACAGAAUCUACCGGGCGCAGGUCAUCGCGUCAACACUUCACCUGGAGCGGAGGCUGCCCCGGCUGCUGUGGCCUCGAGCUGGGACCUGGGGGGAGAAGGUCGGACUGGACAACAGUUGGUAUAUUUGGGUGGAGGACAGGAAUGACAAACCUGCCCCGAGCAACUCCAGGGACUUGACGACAGGAGAGAGCAGAGCGGCCGGAGACUGGACCAGGACAGGGCGGGCGGUCCAGCCACAGGCCGACGGCAGGAAACGCGGCCUGAGCCCGGGCACCAGGCCGCACGGCCCGAGGCACAGGCCCACCAACCACAAAUCACCAGGUCACCAUGUGCACUGAGUGGCAGCAGGACAUGCGUCAACUCCCACCCGCCUUCCUCCUGUAGUUCUCUGCCAGGUCUGUGUCUAUCUGUCUGUGCUAUCAGGCUAUAUGCUAUAUGCGCUGCGUAUCAUGGUGUAUAAGGUAUAUAUGAAAGUGUCUAUGAAGCUCUUUGGGAAGGUUUAGACCAGCGUGUGUAUGAAUGCGGAGACCAGUGGUGUGUGUAUCUGUCUCGAGUUAGUGACCGUAGUUCAUUGCCGAGCUAGUUUGGUUGAAGGCUCCAUCACUUUUGACAUUGCAGAUUAUUUCCAAUGAAUGCGACUAGAUUUGCCCGAAUUUCCUUCGCUUUAAUCUUUAAAUCGUCUCUAAUCACGGGAUCUGGGUGGUUUGUGGUCGUAUAACUAACCUGAGUGGGCUGGAGCUGUGGAUGUUAUGAAGAGAGGGAAGCUGUACAGAGAGACUUGGCGCAGCACCGUAAUUGCUCAGUAAUUUAAUGUGUCUCUGGUAAUCACCUGGUACUUGUUGUUCAUAAUGAGCAUCGCGGGGAAUUGAUGGGGAAAGAAAUCCUGCUGCACGCACGGCUCCACGGCUAACUUUUAAAUGUAACGUUUCCGGUGAACAUAAAAUACAAUAAACCUUUAAUCAGA